AUGCGUCUGUCCGCCCUCCUCCUCCUGGCGGGCCACGCCGCGGCCAGCUCCAUCAUGCCCAACUCGUCCGUCACCAGCCAGGUGCGCGUGGCCUACCACGGCGACGACGGCAUGGUGGUCAGCUGGAACACGUUCAAGCACCUCCUCCGCCCGACGGUGCUGUACGGCCUGAGCGCCGACAAGCUGAUCCACCAGGCGACGAGCCACGUGUCGGUGACGUACCCGACGUCGCUGACGUACAACAACCACGUGCUGAUCGACGGGCUGCUGCCGGACACGACGUACUACUACCAGCCGCAGGACCUGCUGGCCAACGAGACGGUGUACGGCCCGUACACGUUCAAGACGGCGCGCGCGGCCGGCGACUUCACGCCGUACUCGGUGGCGUUUGUGUGCGACCUGGGCACGAUGGGCCCGGGCACGAUCGGGCUGACGGACACGCCCAACAAGAAGACGGACGCCAACGAGGUGCUGGCGCCGGGCGAGAAGACGACGGUGGACUCGCUCGUCGAGGAGAUCGACACGUACGACUUUGUGGUGCACCCGGGCGACAUUGCGUACGCCGACUACUGGCUCAAGGAGCAGCUGGCGGGCUACAUUGACGGCACCAUCGCCGAGGGCCCGCAGCUGUACGAGACGAUCCUCAACCAGUUCUACGACGAGAUGGAGGCCAUCAGCGCGUACCGGCCGUACAUGAUUGGCGUCGGCAACCACGAGGCCAACUGCGACAACGGCGGCUCCGGCAGCUACGACAACAGCAUCUGCGUCGCCGGCCAGACCAACUUCACGGGCGUGCGCAACCACUUCCGCAUGCCCGCGGACACGUCGGGCGGCGUCGGCAGCUUCUGGUACUCGUUCGACUACGGCAUGGUGCACUACGUCUACUUCAACACCGAGACCGACCUGGGCAACGGCCUGCUCAACGACGAGCAGGCGCCGCUGGCGGGCGGGCCCUUUGGCAGCUACCCCAACGAGCAGGUCGACUGGCUCGCCAAGGACCUGGCCGCCGUCGACCGCUGCGCCACGCCCUGGGUCGUCGCGCUCGGCCACCGCCCGUGGUUCUCGUCGGGCGACAACUGCGCCAACUGCUCGACGGCCUUUGCCGCGCUGUUUGAGGAGCACAGCGUCGACCUCGUGCUGCAGGGCCACUUCCACGUCUACCAGCGCAACGUGCCCGUCUUCACCAACGGCACCGUCGACCCCAACGGCUACGCGAACCCGUCGGCGCCCUGGUACCUGAUCAACGGCAUCGCCGGCCACUGGGGCGGCAUGGACUCGUUUACGUACCCGCUCGCGCCCUACCAGGCCUUUGGCCUCGACGACGCCGAGGCCACCUACGGCUGGUCGCGCCUGCACUUCUUCAACAAGACGCACAUGCAGCACGAGUUUGUCGCCAGCAACAACAACAGCGUGCUCGACUCGACCGUCCUGUACAAGGAGCACGUCUGCUUGUCGCCGCCGUCAUCGUCGUCGUCGGCGUUGGCGUCGGCGUCGGCGUCGGCUUCGGUGUCUGCCUCGGCUUCUGCCUCGGCUUCGGUGUCCGGUUCUGCCUCGGCCGCGCCGUCGUCCAUUGCCGACUGCGAGACGACGUCGGUGUCGGGCUCGGGCGCUGGCUCGGCUUCGGCCACCGUCUCUGGCACCGCCUCUGGCACCGCCACCGCCUCCGCCACCUCUUCCUUCACCACCUCCACCAUCCUGUCCACCACCACGUACACCGUCACCUCGUGCGCGCCCACCGUCACCAACUGCCCCGUCGGCCACGUCACCACCGAGGUCGUGACCCUGCUCACCACCUGGUGCCCGGAGACGGCGACCGAGACGACGAAGACGUCGCCCGCCGGCAAGCCUACGGGCUCGGCCGUGCCCUCGGGCGGCUACACCAACUCGACCGGCGGCCACGGUUCUGGCUCGGGCUCUGGUUCUGGCUCUGGCUCUGGCUCUGGCUCUGGCUCUGGCUCUGGCUCUGGUUCCGGCUCUGGUUCCGGCUCUGGUUCCGGCUCAGGGAGCACUUCCAGCGCCAGCACCAGCGCCACGGCCGUCGUCACCGCCGGCUCGGCCAACGUUGUCGUCAGUGCCGCCAGUGUCCUGCUGGCUGUCAUGGUCGGCGCUGUGGCUCUUCUGUAA